AUGGGAUCAGGACAUCGCGCUGGGCCUUUGAAGCAAUCUAACAAGAAACAUAAGGGUGGUCGGCAUCGCAGUAAGGGUUUUUUGAAUAAAAUCUCGAAAGGAAAGAGCGGCGAAAAUGCAACAAGUCACAAAUGUCGUUUUGCCGUCGGAAAAAAUGCUCGACGUCAUCGAACGCAGCAGUUGCGCAUGAAGAAGCGUAAUGCGUCUGAAAGCAAUCAGAUGACUGAACCUUAUUGGGAACAACCUCCCAUCUUUGUUAUGGUUUUGUCGUUUGACAAGAACUACUUACCUCAUGAAUUCUUGGGUCUGAUGUGUUCUUGUGAUGAAUCUGCUCAGGUGCAUCCUACUUAUGGAUGUGGAAUGUGCCACGUUUUGAUAAAAAAACUUAAAAGUCACUACGUUUUUACCGCACCUCUUCUUUUUUGCACUGAUGUUGUGCUUAAUUAUUUAAAAAUUGCUGAUGUUGUUGUAUUUAUCUGGCCAUCUAAUUGUGAAAUUACAACGGAAAACGAUAUUUUAAUCAGUACUUUAUUGUCUUAUGGCUUGCCAACGACAAUGCAUUUUGUUCCAAAACUCGGUGCAGUUACGAUCCCUAAACAGAAAGAGAAUAUAAGGAAAAAUGUGUCGAAAAUGAUCGCUAACUGGAGUUUUGGCGAUGAAAAACUUAUGGAAUGCGAUCGUACAAGUGAUGGUUUACGUACGCUGCGUUUAAUUAGUGCUGUUAAAAAAAAGCCGUCACCCAUGCAGAAAAUGCGGCCAUUUUUGGUUGCUGAAAGUAUUAGUGAAACUGAAAUCGAGGGAGAUUUCUGUACACUAAAAGUUACCGGUUAUUUGAAGGGGCAGUCAUUAAAUGUUAACAGUCUUAUCCAUGUUCCGUGUCUUGGGGAUUUUCAGAUGAAUAAGAUUGUCAUUGAAGAUGAUCUCUUGCUUCCCAACAAGCCUCGACAUGGUAAGAGAGUUGCAGGAACAACAUUUUAUCCUAAUGCAGAUUUGCAAACGUCACUGGAAUCUGAAACAGUUUUAGAUCCUAUGGAUGCGGAGCAAACGUGGCCAGUUGAGGAAGAAAUUCCUAAAGAAGCGUUUAAAACGGCAAAGGUAAUCAAAAAAGUGCCUGUUGGCACAUCGACAUAUCAAGCUGAAUGGAUCAUUGAUGAAGAUGAAGAAGGAACAGAUGGCAUGGAAAUAGAUGAUAUUGUUCGUAACAUCGAAGAAAUAGGUACGAAACAUCAAGAUUCAGAAAGCGAAAACGAGCUUGAAACAAAAAGUGACACGCAUGAUCGAGAAGAUUUAAUGGAAAUAGGAGAUGAGGAAAUCGAUGCUGAAGAAGUGGAGAAAUAUCGCAAAGCCCGUGAAAAUGAACAGUUUCCUGACGAGAUAGAUACACCUAUGGAUGUACAAGCUAGAAUCCGUUUUCAGAGGUACCGUGCUUUGAAAAGCUUCAGGGCAUCACCUUGGGAUCCGCUUGAAAACCUCCCCAGCUCAUACUCUAGAAUUUUCAAGUUUUCUGACUACCGCAAAUCUAAGAAAAUUGCGUUAUCUGCGGUUGCGACUGAAGCAGAAUGCAGUGCUCCUAAGGGCGCAUUUCUCUCACUUUAUAUUUCUAAAGUACCAGUGAACUCCAUAAAUGAUUGGCCGACCGACACUCCAUUAGUAGUUUAUGGAUUGCUGGCUCAUGAGCAUAAAAUGUCAGUUCUAAAUAUGGUUUUGAAGAAACACCCAUCCUGUACUGUACCAAUACCAAACAAGCAAAAGUUGGUGUUUCAUGUGGGUUAUCGAUAUUUUGAAGCUGAGCCAGUUUUUUCACAAAACACAAACGGUGAUAAGGCCAAGAUGGAACGAUUCAUGCCGGAAAAUCGUUAUUUUGUUGCCUCAGUAUUUGCACCAAUAAUCUUUUUACCGGCACCUGUCCUUGUCUAUCGGAUUGAUUCCCGGGGUAACCAUCAUCUUGUGGCAACGGGUAGUGUGUUGGACUGUAAUCCCGAUCGAGUCAUUUUAAAGCGGGUCGUUCUUUCUGGGCAUCCAUUCAAAAUCAACCGUAGGAAUGUUGUGGUGCGCUACAUGUUUUUUAACCGCGACGAUAUUGAAUGGUUCAAACCAGUAGAGCUCUAUACACAGCAUGGUCGGAGAGGACAUAUUAAGGAGGCUUUAGGAACACAUGGGCACAUGAAAUGUGUAUUUGAUCAGCAUUUGAAUGCUAUGGAUACAGUAAUGAUGAACCUUUACAAACGAGUUUUUCCUAAAUGGACGUAUAGUCCUGUAACACCUCUCCAUUUCACACAGAAGAAAAGAAAGUGA